CACCGCCACAAACAGCCAAGCCACUAAUCAGAGUCCGGGAGCCACUGGCAGAGAGGGCACGGCCCCACACUGCCCCAGAGACGCAUAGGAGCCAGGCAAACACCAGGGCGAGUGAGCUCGGGCCAUCUGCUGCCUGCCUGUGGAAGGAGCGCUCGCCAGCCUCACCUGGCCCGAGAAGGUCCAUCUCUGCCUCCGCUGGGGCUGCCUCAUUCUGACUCCAGUAAGUGCUGCUGCUUCCACCUGGGGUUUUUCCACUGCUCUAUUCAGUAACCCGGCCACUCCUGUCCCUGUGGGAAACUCCUGCUGCCAGGAACUCCCAGCUGUGUGCUCUCCUAGACAAAAAAGUUCCUUCUUCCUGAGCCCUCCACUCACCAUCCAAGAUGUGGUCAAAGGUCUGUGCUGAGCGGAAACCCCAAGGCCUCUGCUCCUAGGGCAGCCUCCCCAGCUGCUGGCACUCACUGCCCCAGCAGGGACCGCAUGCAACCUGGCUGCUCCUGAACACCUGUCUGCGGGCUCCCCUGGGCCCCAUGGAGACCUGGCGGAAAGGCUCCUUCCGCAACGCCUCCUUCUUCAAGCGGCUGAGCCUGGGGCGGCCACGGCGGCUCCGGCGACAGGGCAGUGUGCUUAGCCAGGCCAGCACAGCGGGUGGGGACCACGAGGAGUAUAGCAACCGAGAAGUCAUCCGGGAGCUACGAGGGAGGCCAGAUGGCCGGCGCCUGCCACUGUGGGGGGACGAGCAGCCCCGGGCCACCCUGCUGGCCCCACCCAAGCCCCCACGCCUCUACCGAGAGAGCUCAAGCUGCCCCAACAUCCUGGAGCCCCCACCUGCCUACACAGCAGCCUACUCUGCCGCCCUGCCAUCGGCGCUCUCCCUGUCGAGCGCCCUCCACCAGCACUCAGAGAAGGGCCUUGUGGACACUCCCUGCUUCCAGAGGACACCUGCCCCAGACCUCAGUGAUCCCUUCCUCUCCUUCAAAGUGGACCUGGGGAUUUCACUUCUUGAGGAAGUUCUGCAGAUGCUAAGGGAGCAGUUUCCCAGCGAGCCCAGCUUCUGAAUGGGGUGAGGGUGGGCAAAGCCGGGGUGACUGGAAGAGCCAGAGGCUGGGGAUUAAGGAAAGGGCAGGGACAGGACUCCAGGCCCAUCGCUGGAGGGUUCAGGCAGGCAGAGCUCCUCCAUCCUGGGGGAGGAUUCCAGGAUAGGAAUCCAGGGCUCUGCCUGCUCUCUGGGUCCUGAAGCGUCCUCCCAGGCACCCCAGAGUGGAGGGACAGAGGCAAGCUGGAAAUGUUGAGGAGGGGGGCCCCUUCCUGGCAGGACCCCUGAAGGAAGCUGGCUAUUCUGGGAAAGGGAGGCUAUGUGUGGCAACCACAGGAACCAGGUAGAGACUGGCAGAGCCAGCAGGUGGCACGGGGUCAGAUCAGGGAGUGGGAGGACACAGACUGGGCAGAAGAGAUGAGUGCCCUGUGCCAGCCUCUUUGGAAGCCAGCGUCAACAGAGAGAGGUCACAGGACAAGCCUGGGUAAAAGCAGUCCAACCCUGGCGGAAGAGGAAAGUGGGAAGGCCCAGGAAGAAAGGGGAGAAAGGCCUGACCCUGUCUAAUCUGGUGGCCACUCACUGCAUGACACCGAAUUGAAAUUAAAUAACAAUUCAGUUCCUCACUUGCACCAUUAUUCCAGAUUCCACAUUCCAAACGGCUGGUGGCCACACAUGAUUAAUGGCUGCCACACUGGUUGGUGCAGAAUGGACGCGAACAUCGCUGCACAAAGUUCUACUGGACAGCGCUGGCUAGACCGUGGCCUGGAGCCACCAGCAAAGGGGAGACGCAUACAGGGGCUGGCCACAUAGGAAGAGAUAGGUAGAGAUAGUGUAACUUAGGAAAAGACUAGGCCAAUCCUUAGCAGAAAUGAGGAUGUGGUUCAGUCUGCCAACACAGCUACCUGGAGCAAUCCCUGGUGAAGGCAGCUCUAGAGAAUGCCAGCCAAAGGCACGCGCACGGCUUACAAAGGGGUGCUUUGGGGAAUUCCCAGAAUUAUUAGUGUGGGAGCCCUGGCAGAUUUCCUUCCUUGAAGAGAGGAGAACUGGAUCCAGGGAUGGGCAUUCAACGGCGAAGCAGCACAGCUGGUCUCCAGACCUGUCUCCCAGGAUUAGAGAGUUCUGCCGCCUGAACCCUCUGACGAUGUGCCUGCCAACCAGGCCAAGCCCACCGGGUCAAAGCCACAGCACAGGCUGCGCUAUGGCCCCACCCCAUGGCCUCACCAGAACACAGAAACCAGAGCCCAGCAGCACUGGCAGGGCUGUGUGUUGGUGGCCCCCAGGCCUCACUAAGAGUAGCAAAGGGGAGAGGAAGCUCUGACACUCACCAUUUCUACAACCCAAAUCGGCGGCCUCCCUCUCUCCUCUUGUGUAUAGGCACCGAGCUGUGGCUACAGCAGAGAAUGAAUAAACUUCUAACACAA